AUGAGCCGCUGGCUUGGCUACCGAUCCACCACCCCGAAGCCUCUUCCGCCGUACGCCACCUGGUUUUGGUCCUUCAUCGCGGCCUUCUGUGGCCUGUCGGUGGUUCAGGCUGUCUUCAACUAUUCUCAAUAUUUCCUUGAUCGGGGCGUGCCCGGCAUUAUUGCCUCCUGCGGCGCAUCGGCCUUACUAUGCUUCGCUGCCAUCGACAGCCCACUAGCGCAACCUCGGUCCCUCGUUUUCGGGCACUUUCUCAGCGCCCUGGUCGGCAUCUGCAUCACCAAGCUGUUCAGCCUCAUGCCCGAUGAAGAGCGAUUCAAUUCCCUGCGCUGGCUCGCCGCCUCGCUCUCCUCGUCCGUCGCCAUCCUGGUCAUGCAGAUCACCCAAACCAUGCAUCCCCCGGCCGGCGCAACGGCCCUGCUUCCGGCCGUCGACGACGCCGUCUGGGACCUUUCCUGGUAUUAUCUGCCGGUGGUCCUGCUCUCCUCGACUCUGCUUCUGGCCGUCGCUUUGCUGCUGAAUAAUAUUCAGCGGAGGUAUCCGGUGUUUUGGAUCGCGCCGGCUGCGCAGCCGGUGGGCUUGCCGCACGUUCAUGCGAAGUAG